GCUUACAAAAUAUCUUUCUUUUCUCGUCCGUUUGGCGCCACUCAAACACUGACUCCUCAAUUCCAUGGCCGGAGCUCUCACCUCCUGCUCACUCCCGGUAUUCCGGCCUCUUAACCGCCGCCCUAAAACCGCUAAGCGGUUUAGGGUUUUGGCCGAGAUCCAGGAAUCCGUCAAAGAGGCAGAGAAACAAACCUCUUCGGUCUCGCCUCUCGAGGAUUUCAAGCCCCCAGAUCCGAAACCGUUUUCAGUUCGACCCGAUAAGCGAGGGGAUGUGUUCGGAGCUUCUCUCCCCUUGUUCUUUCGUUUCGGCUCCGGAGUUUUCGCUCAAGGAUAUUCUGUUUCAUUUGUACCUGAGGACCAAUUUCCAGCAGGCCAGUAUGCUAUGAGUAUGUCAGGUAAUAAGCUGAAAGAGACUGCAAAAUUAGGGCCUCGUCCAGAGAAGCCUAUUGAGAUUUAUGAAUAUGAAGGCUGUCCAUUUUGUCGGAAGGUCAGAGAGAUUGUUGCUGUUCUAGACCUUGAUGUUCUGUUCUAUCCUUGUCCAAGAAAUGGUCCAAACUUCCGUCCCAAAGUCUUACAGAUGGGUGGAAAGCAGCAAUUUCCUUACAUGGUUGAUCCAAACACUGGUGUUGCUAUGUAUGAAUCGGAUGACAUUAUAAAGUAUCUGGUGAACAAAUAUGGUGAUGGAUCUGUUCCUAUAUUAUUGUCACUCGGUUUGUUCACAACUAUAACUGCAGGACUAGCAAUGACUGGCCGCCUGGGGAAGGGUUCUUCUUACACUCCGUCCAAACUCCCACCAGAACCCAUUGAAUUAUGGGCAUAUGAGGGUUCCCCUUUCUGCAAACUUGUGCGUGAAGUUAUAGUCGAAUUAGAAUUGCCGCAUAUACUUCACAGCUGUGCUCGAGGCAGCCCAAAACGACAGAUUUUAUUUGAGAGAGUGGGACAUUUUCAGGCACCUUACUUAGAAGAUCCAAACACCGGAGUGAAAAUGUUUGAAAGCGCAGACAUUAUCGAGUAUCUCAAAGCAACUUAUGCUCUUCAACAAGCAUAAUCUGCGCCAUAUCAAGAAUGUAUACUAUAUAUUCAAAAAAUUUAUGCCAAGAGCUUGUUCUCUUAAACCGACUUAAGUAUUUUCGUAGUAUUAUUUACUUGUAUAAAUGACAUUUCAAUAUGUAACUCAUAUCUUUAAUGCAAUUUAUAAUUUUUCUGCCGUGAA